AUGGCGGUGAAGGACAAGCUGGAAGCGGUGCUGAACGUGGGUCUGCGGGUCCCCAGCAUCAUGCUGCUGGAGGUACUCUACCGCUGGGACGUCAGCUCCUUCUUCCAGAAGAUCCAGAGGAGCAGCCUCAACAACAACCCUCUCUUCCAGUACAAGUACCUGGCUCUCUACCUGCACUAUGUAGGUCAGUACCCCACACACACUCCUCACCUCGUUCAGUGCUACUGCAAUUGGUCAUGCCACUUCUGCUGCCCUGUUAAGUUCUCAUUUAUAGCACCCUUGUACAUUUUUAAACAGCACAUUUUGACAAAUGCACCCAUACACUUACAAUACAUUUCUAGUGGUCCAUCUUAUGAUAAAUUUAUUUUAAAUAGGUUUUCCCCCAAGUAAAUUGUAAAGUUACAUGCUUACUAAUUAAUUUAAUGAAUGUCAGAUUAGUUGUGAAUUUUCUCAGCCAUUACAAAAGUUUGCACUUUCCUUUUUUGAGUGGCAAAGAAAAUUUGCAUGAACUGUUAAAGGGACAGUGCAGUUAAUGUGAUUUUUCCUUAAAAAUAAAUAAAUAUAUAUUUCCACAGUGAGGUCGAAAUAACACUGAAAUUGUGGAAAUGAUGAUAAUUCCCAUUUUGUGUAAGAGCUAUUUGAAGAAGAAAAUAAAUGCUUGGAAUUUCAGCAUGUAAAGAUGGGAUGGAGUUUUUUGCCCAGAUCACGAUGUCACAAUCGGAUCUUAUUAUAAUAGACCGAUGAUCGUUCAGGGGUGGGCUCUAAACCAUCCUAUCAGCCAAUCAGGGCUGUAAAUAUCUUCACAUUUGUUCUUCUAACACCCACACGAUCAGACAGCAUUUCAAGGGCCAAAGGAGGCUCGGGGAAAUGAAUGAUAGAAAAUAUAUUUUGAAAUUAUUUUCAUUCAAUAAACAGUGAUUUAUUAGACAUACAGUGGUGAUUUAAAAAGACUGCAUGGGGGCUUUAACUUUUGCUUUGCACCUCAGGGUAGAUUAACUCUCCAGUGACAUUGUGAAGAAUAAAUAAAAAUUCAUAACGAACACUGUACACCACGAUGAUAUCCAAAUUACCAAAUGGGGACAAACAGGCUUGCUGUGUUAGCCAGUAGUUCAGCACUUCAGGCAAAAUAAUGUAUCGCUAAUGUUCCCUCACCUGGAAAAUUACUGCAGUUGUAGCCUAUAACUAGGACCCAGUUUUUCAUGCUUGGGCCUCAUGCAUAUUCAUGUAAUUUAUGGGAUACAUUAGUAUGAUUUAAGUUCAACUUAGCAGUUUUCAACAUACUCAGUCUUGAAUUGUCUUGCUUUACGUUUUUUAAAUGCUUCUAGGUUAUUCAAAGCUAAGACGGGGAAAAAAAUCAAUGACACAAAGGAUAAGGACUGACAUUGUUUGUACUCAGCGUUUGCUUCAUGACUGUAGAUGUCUAUGAUUCAUGUUGUGAGCAUCUCCUCUCUGCAAUUUAUAUGGGUGAAAUGUUGUAUUCAUAAUGGCACAUUAAUAUGGACACACACAGUACUGCUACUGAUCCAGUAUGGAUAUGCUCUGCUUGAGUGGGCCUGGCCUUUACUAAAACCUCAGUGGAGGUAGGGCUCCAAAUCUCAUAUCACUUGUCAGGGGCAAGUAAAAUGAAAAAUGUUGGACAAGCAUAAUAUAGAUUUUUAAAUCACAAUAUCAAACAAUUUACUCAGAUCAUAAUUGGAUCAGUGUCCUCCAGAUGCGAUGUGUUGCUCACUUUUCUUCCAAUUUCUGCAGCGUGCAUUGGAGCAGAAUUGUAUUGCGUUGAUGGGCGGUCUUUCAAUCGUGUGUAGCCACGUGUGCACGUGUUGAUAUUCCUUGCUAGUUAGUAAGUUAUUUGACCAGUUAUAGGUUAUUUUUUGUCAGAAAACUGAGUUCGUACCGUCUUGAAAAUCCUGGAAAAGUCAUGGUGUGUGUGAAUCUGCGUACAGUGCCAUCAUUUACAUUUUAGUCAUUUAGCAGACGCUCUUAUCCAGAGCGACUUACAGUUAGUGAGUGCAUACAUUUUGAUACUGGCCCCCCGUGGGAAAUGAACCCACAACCCUGGCGUUGCAAGCGCCAUGCUCUACCAACUGAGCUACAGGGGACAUCAGAAAGUUUUCAUACCCCUUGACUUAUUCCAUAAUUUGUUACAGCGUGAAUUCUAAAUGGAUCUUCUCACCCAUAUACACACAAUACCCCAUGACAGUGAAAACAAUAUUUUUAGACAUUUUUGCAAAUGUAUUGAAAAUGAAAUACGGCGAUCUCAUUUACUUAACUAUUCACACCCCUGAGUCAAUACAUGUUAGAAUCACCUUUGGCAGCGACUACUGCCGAGUGUCUUUCUGGGCAAGUCUAAGCUUUGCACACCUGGAUUGUACAAUACUUGCACAUUAGUCUUUUUAUUUAUUUUCUAUUCUUCAAGCUCUGACAAGUUGGUUGUUGAUCAUUGAUAGACAGCCAUUUUCAAGUCUUGCCAUAGAUUUUCAAGUAGAUUUAAGUCAACUGUAACUAGGCCACUCAGGAACAUUCAAUGUCGUCUUGGUAAGCAACUCCAGUGUAUAUUUGACCUUGUGUUUUAGGUUAUUGUCCUGCUGAAAGGUGAAUUAGAAAGGUCUGUUAGAAAGCAGACUGAACCAGGUUUUCCUCUAGGAUUUUGCCUGUGCUUAGCUCUAUUCCGUUAAUUUUUAUCCUAAAUAACUCCCCAGUCCUUGCCGAUGACAAGCAUACUGAUAACAUGAUGCAGCCACCACCAUGCUUGAAAAUAUAAAGAGUUGUACUCCGUGACGUGUUGUGUUGGAUUUGCCCCAAACAUAACGCUUUUUAUUCAGGACAUAAAGUUAAUUUCUUUGCCACCUUUUUUUCCCUUCUGUACAGGCUUCCUUUUCACUCUGUCAUUUAGGUUAGUAUUGUGGAGUAACUACAAUGUUGAUCCAUACUCAGUUUUCUCCUAUCACAUCCAUUAAACUCUUUAACUGUUUUAAAGUCACCAUUGGCCCCAUGGUGAAAUCUCUGAGCGGUUUCCUUACACUCCGGCAACUGAGUUAGGAAGGACGCCUGUAUCUUUGUAGUGACUGAGUGUGUUGAUACAGCAUCCAAAGUGUAAUUAAUAACUUCACCAUGCUCAAAGGGAUAUUCAAUGUCUGCUGUUUUAUUACGAAACUCAGCAUAAAAAGAAACGUCCUCUCACUGUCAGCUACGUUUAUUUUCAGCAAACUAAACAUGUGUAAAUAUUUGUUUGAACAUAACAAGAUUCAACAACUGAGACAUAAACUGAACAAGUUCCACAGACGUGACUAACAGAAAUUGGAUAAUGUGUCCCUGAACAAAGGGGGGGUCAAAACCAAAAGUAUCAGUCAGUAUCUGGUGUGGUCACCAGCUGCAUUAAGUACUGCAGUGCAUCUCUCCUCAUGGACUGCACCAGAUUUGCCUGUUCUUGCUGUGAGAUGUUACCCCACUCUUCCACCAAGGCACCUGCAAGUUCCCUGACAUUUCUGGGGGGAAUGGCCCUAGCCCUCACCCUCCGAUCCAACAGGUCCCAGUCUUGCUCAAUGGGAUUGAGAUCCGGGCUCUUCGCUGGCCAUGGCAGGACACUGACAUUCCUGUCUUGCAGGAAAUCACGCACAGAACGAGCAGUAUGGCUGGUGGCAUUGUCAUGCUGGAGGUUCAUGUCAGGAUGAGCCUGCAGGAAGGGCACAGCAUUGAGAUUGCCUGCAAUGACAACAAGCUCAGUCCGAUGAUGCUGUGACACACCGCCCCAGACCAUGACGGACCCUACACCUCCAAAUCGAUCCCGCUCCAGAGUACAGGCCUCAGUGUAACGCUCAUUCGUUCAAUGAUAAAUGCGAAUCCGACCAUCACCCCUGGUGAAACAAAACCGCGACUCGUCAGUGAAGAGCACUUUUUGCCAGUCCUGUCUGGUCCAGCGACGGUGGGUUUGUGCCCAUAGGCGACGUUGUUGCCGGUGAUGUCUGGUGAGGACCUGCCUUACAACGGGCUUGAAUAUGCAAAAAAGCCAAUAGGCAGAGGGUAGCCUAUAUUUUUUCGUCUGAUUCUCUGUUAAUAUAUGAUAAUUAAUUGUGAAGUGGUUCCUUGCAUCAGACAACCCAAUUUUCAGUUAACCUUUUGGCCCAUGCAUAGUGUUAGACUUUUAAAAAAGUAUUUUUGUUGUUGAGGCAAGUGACUUGAGCUUUCAGACAAACAAAAUCAGUCCUUGGCUGAUGCUUGUGUUUCAGACCAGAACAGAAGGGCAUGAGGUCAAUAGGAUGAUAAUUAAACAAUGCCGUAAUUAAAGCAUGACCUUAGGCAGCUGUCUACAGACGCUUGUCAUUUUUUAUUUUUUUUACUUUGUCAACAUGGUGACACGUUGGCGCGGUCACAUUUUCCUCUCCAUCAUUUGCCUUAGCUUUUCCCCACCAUCCAAGACACAAGUAUUUUAAUGGAACUUUCCGUGAUGCUUGGCGGGAAAUAAGUCAUUCUUGUCACCGCACUUCUGGGCUAUUCCAGUCGUUUAUAUUUUACUUUGAAAUGUGCACAGAGGACAUAACCAAUACAAUGGAUGCAUUUGAUAGUGUUUUGUGGUUUGGCACGGUUAUGUAUACUGUGCUAGGCGUGGAGGGUCCCAUUAUCAGCUGGUCAGACUGCUGGAUAAUUGUGUAGUAGACAGACCGUGAGCUAUGGGGAAAAUUUGGCAGCAGGGUUGGGUAUGUGACUCGUUUAGGCAGGCUAAAGGCUGUCGCCUCACUGUGCUGGGAGAGCACAAUGUGCUCUGUGUGGGCCUAGCCCAUGCAUGGAGUAGGACCAAGGUGAAGAGAAGAAGCCUUUUCCUUCCCAGGGGAGAAGAGUGGAGGAGGCACAGGCCAUGAUAACCAACUUACAGGCCAUUAACACACCAUUUACUACAGUCACUAGAAAGGCUAAUCAUCAAUUGGAAUGACUUUUUUUCACUAACUUUGUGUGUUCGUGCACACUUUCUAUGAGUUUGGUGUCUUUGCUGAAGAUGGGUCUGGUAUAUGAAAAAUAAAAAAUGUAUGCACUCACUAACUGUAAGUCGCUCUGGAUAAGAGCGUCUGCUAAAUGACAAAUGUAAAUGUAUUUGCUGAUGAACACACUUGGCAGCAGAGCACAGUUGACUGAACUGAACCUGCAUGUGUGUGUGCUGUUGCCUCUCUUGGAAAGAGACGGAGUGAGAGAGCAGGACUUUCUUCUGUGUUUCUAGGUUUCACCUAAUAUUUUGAAUCUGAGGACUUUUGGCACAUGCUGUAGCAGCCUGUCUCUAACUCUUUUGCUUAUGGUUCUAUCACAUCGGUCAACUCUUUGUCCUGUCUGCAUGACUUUGCAUAGCAAAUGGCUCUGAAUCCAUGGCUGUGGAUUAACGGCUCUGUUUUAUUGCCGUCUCUGCUGUUAAACAGUUAAACACAGGGAUUUUCUGCCAUUGAUAUCCUUGUGCGGGCCACCUAAGCAUGCAUAAAAGGAAAAAUAAAAUGUUUAUUCAAAAAUAAAAUACAAUCAGGAUGGAAAAAGGCUUUGUAUAAACCCAAAUGCCUAAACCAGAUAGUGUGUGUGUGUGUAUAUACAGUGGGGAAAAAAAGUAUUUAGUCAGCCACCAAUUGUGCAAGUUCUCCCACUUAAAAAGAUGAGGCCUGUAAUUUUUAUCAUAAGUACACGUCAACUAUGACAGACAAAUUGAGGGAAAAAAAUUGCAGAAAAUCACAUUGUAGGAUUUUAAAUACAUUUAUUUGCAAAUUAUGGUGGAAAAUAAGUAUUUGGUCAAUAACAAAAGUUUCUCAAUACUUUGUUAUAUACCCUUUGUUGGCAAUGACACAGGUCAAACGUUUUCUGUAAGUCUUCAAGGUUUUCACACACUGUUGCUGGUAUUUUGGCCCAUUCCUCCAUGCAGAUCUUCUCUAGAGCAGGCAUGUUUUGGGGCUGUCGCUGGGCAACACGGACUUUCAACUCCCUCCAAAGAUUUUCUAUGGGAUUGAGAUCUGGAGACUGGCUAGGCCACUCCAGGACUUUGAAAUGCUUCUUACGAAGCCACUCCUUCGUUGCCCAGGCGGUGUGUUUGGGAUCAUUGUCAUGCUGAAAGACCCAGCCACGGUUCAUCUUCAAUGCCCUUGCUGAUGGAAGGAGGUUUUCACUCAAAAUCUCACGAUACAUGGCCCCAUUCAUUCUUUCCUUUACACGGAUCAGUCGUCCUGGUCCCUUUGCAGAAAAAAAGCCCCAAAGCAUGAUGUUUCCACCCCCAUGCUUCACAGUAGGUAUGGUGUUCUUUAGAUGCAACUCAGCAUUCUUUGUCCUCCAAACAUGACGAGUUGAGUUUUUACAAAAAAGUUAUAUUUUGGUUUCAUCUGACCAUAUGACAUUCUCCCAAUCCUUUUCUGGAUCAUCACAUGUACUGGCUUAAGCAGGGGGACACGUCUGGCACUGCAGGAUUUGAGUCCCUGGCGGCGUAGUGUGUUACUGAUGGUAGGCUUUGUUACUUUGGUCCCAGCUCUCUGCAGGUCAUUCACUAGGUCCCCCCGUGUGGUUCUGGGAUUUUUGCUCACCGUUCUUGUGAUCAUUUUGACCCCACGGGGUGAGAUCUUGCGUGGAGCCCCAGAUCGAGGGAGAUUAUCAGUGGUCUUGUAUGUCUUCCAUUUCCUAAUAAUUGCUCCCACAGUUGAUUUAUUCAAUCCAAGCUGCUUACCUAUUGCAGAUUCAGUCUUCCCAGCCUGGUGCAGGUCUACAAUUUUGUUUCUGGUGUCCUUUGACAGCUCUUUGGUCUUGGCCAUAGUGGAGUUUGGAGUGUGACUGUUUGAGGUUGUGGACAGGUGUCUUUUAUACUGAUAACAAGUUCAAACAGGUGCCAUUAAUACAGGUAACGAGUGGAGGACAGAGGAGCCUCUUAAAGAAGUUGUUACAGGUCUGUGAGAGCCAGAAAUCUUGCUUGUUUGUAGGUGACCAAAUACUUAUUUUCCACCAUAAUUUGCAAAUAAAUUCAUUAAAAAUCCUACAAUGUGAUUUUCUGGAUUUUUUUCUUCUCAAUUUGUCUGUCAUAGUUGACGUGUACCUAUGAUGAAAAUUACAGGCCUCAUUUUUUUAAGUGGGAGAACUUGCACAAUUAGUGGCUGACUAAAUACUUUUUCCCCCACUGUGUAUAUAUAUAUAUAUUAUGUUUUUAUUUAUUUUAUUUUUUAACUAACAAUCACCCAAAUAAAAGCUAGACGGUAUAGAAAAUACCCAAAACAGUGAAUUUAGCAGUAUAGAUUUGAUGGUCGAGCAAAAGAACACCACAUUAGCCAUGGCAAAAUGUAUAUAGUUGCAGGAAGUUUUCUCAGCUCCAUGACAGAAUGUUGAAUCGCAGGAUAAAAAAUAAAAAGCUAUAUUUUCUCAAAGCUCCAUGGAUACAUUUUUUUGAAUUGCAGGAAGUUGGCGUAAAAUGCAAAAUAUUCUCUACACCGCAAUGAUGGGGGGGGGCUCUAGAAUUGUCUCUAGAACUUUGCUGCACCUACAGGCAGACUGCCCCCCCCCCCCCCCCCCCGAAACAAAUUAUUCUAGCCCGUGUUGUUGGCUUACCUAAUGUAAUACAGACUAAAGAACAGGAUGUGAUCUGUUCAUAACAUACAUGGCUGCUCCUGACCAAUGGCUGGAAGGCUUUUCUUCUAUGUGCACAAUUCAGAUACUCAGUCCCAUCCCCGCUCCUCAUGAGGCUAGUUAUAUCACGAGGACGGCUAUAUUAGUUUUAUUUGAAAUAAUGUGAAAUAUCCCCCUCCCCAAGGCACAGGAUAGAAAAAUGAGCUUUCUUUUAUAGUCCCAGUUUAUCAUUCCUCUAUCUGCUCUUCACAGGGUUCUCCCCAAAGAACCUUGUGGACUGGUUGUGCCUUCAGAAAGUAUUCAUACCCCUCGACUUAUUCCAAAUUUUGUGUUACAGCCUGAAUUGAAAAUGGAUUCAAUAGAUUUUUUUCCACUCACCCAUCUACACACAAUACCCCAUAAUGACGAAGUGAAAACGUUUUUAGACAUUUUUGCACAUUUGUAUUGAAAAAAUAAAAACAGGAAAAUCUGAUUUACAUAAGUAUUCACACCCCUGAGUCAAUACUUUGUAGAAGCACCUUUUGGCAGCGAUUUACAGCUGUACAUAUUUCUGGUUAAGUCUUUAAGAGCUUUACACACUUGAAUUGGGCAACAUUUGCCCAUUUUUAUUAUUUUUCAAAAUUCUUCAAGCUCUGUCAAAUUGGUUGUUGAUCAUUGCUAGACAACCAUUUGCAGGUGUUGCCGUAGAUUUGUCAAAACUGUAACUCAACUCGUGUGGAUUUGGCUUUGUUUUAGAUUCUUGUCCUGCUGAAAGUUGAAUUUAUCUCCCAGUGUCUGGUGGAAAGCAGACUGAACUAGAGGAAAACCUGGGAUUUUGCUUGUGCUUAGCUCCAUUCAGUUUCAUUUUUUAAAUCCUGAAUAACUCUCCAGUCCUUAACGAUUACAGGCAUACCCAUAACAUGAUGCAGUCACCACUAUACUUGAAAAUAUACUCCGUAAUGUGUUGUAUUGGAUUUGCCCCAAACAUAACACUUUGUAUUCAGAACAAAACGUUAAUUGCUUUGCCACAUUUUUUACAUAUUGGUCUGCUUUCCCUGUAAUCAGUCUAUGGACAAGGUAUGACAGCAAUCCAUGCAUUGGUUUUGUUUACCUGGCCACUGGUUCAAAUGCUGACUUUGUAGCAUUUGGCACAAAUGUAAUGCAAGUCAAUGGUACCUAUAUUUAGGGCUGGCACAAUCAUUGUAUAUAACUGUGUAACCAAGUAUGGACCAUUAACAAAAGAGAAAUCAUAAUGCUUUUUUAUAUUUCAGAGGGUCUAAUUUUAUAUUAAUCUAUGGAUUUCACAUGACUGGAAAUACAGAUAUGCAUCUGUUGGUCAGAUAGGUAGGGGUGUGAAUAAAGUCAGUUUCUGGUGUGACCACCAUUUGCCUCAUUCAAUGCGUCACUUCUCUUUCGCAUAGAGUUGAUCAGGCGGUUGGUUGUUGCCUAUGGAAUGUUGUCCCACUCCUCUUCAAUGGCUGUGUGAAGUUGCUGAAUAUUGUCGGAAACUGGAACAAGCCUCAUAGCAAAGGGUCUGAAUACUUAUGUAAAGGUAUUUCUAAAUUUGCUAAAAUGUCUAAACCUGUUGCUUUGUCAGUAUAGGGUAUUGUGUGUAGAUUGAUGGGGGGGGGGAACAAUUUUAAUCCAUUUUAGAAUAAGGCUGUAACUUAACAAAAUGUGGAAAAAGUCAAGGGGUUUGAAUACGUUCUGAAUUCACUGUGUAUGUAUGUACAGUGGGGAGAACAAGUAUUUGAUACACUGCCGAUUUUGCAGGUUUUCCUACUUACAAAGCAUGUAGAGGUCUGUAAUUUUUAUCAUAGGUACACUUCAACUGUGAGAGACGGAAUCUAAAACAAAAAUCCAGAAAAUCACAUUGUAUGAUUUUUAAGUAAUUAAUUUGCAUUUUAUUGCAUGACAUAAGUAUUUGAUCACCUACCAACCAGUAAAAAUUCCGGCUCUCACAGACCUGUUAGUUUUUCUUUAAGAAGACCUCCUGUUCUCCACUCACUACCUGUAUUAACUGCACCUGUUUGAACUCGUUACCUGUAUAAAAUACACCUGUCCACACACUCCAUCAAACAGACUCCAACCUCUCCACAAUGGCCAAGACCAGAGAGCUGUGUAAGGACAUCAGGGAUAAAAUUGUAGACCUGCACAAGGCUGGGAUGGGCUACAGGACAAUAGGCAAGCAGCUUGGUGAGAAGGCAACAACUGUUGCCGCAAUUAUUAGAAAAUGGAAGAAGUUCAAGAUGACGGUCAAUCACCAUCGGUCUGGGGCUCCAUGCAAGAUCUCACCUCGUGGGUCAUCAAUGAUCAUGAGGAAGGUGAGGGAUCAGCCCAGAACUACACGGCAGGACCUGGUCAAUGACCUGAAGAGAGCUGGGACCACAGUCUCAAAGAAAACCAUUAGUAACACACUACGCCAUCAUGGAUUAUAAUCCUGCAGCGCACGCAAGGUCCCCCUGCUCAUGCCAGGGCAUGUCCAGGCCCGUCUGAAGUUUGCCAAUGACCAUCUGGAUGAUCCAGAGGAGGAAUGGGAGAAGGCCAUGUGGUCUGAUGAGACAAAAAUAGAGCUUUUUGGUCUAAACUCCACUCGCCAUGUUUGGAGGAAGAAGGAGGUUGAGUACAACCCCAAGAACACCAUCCCAACCGUGAAGCAUGGAGGUGGAAACAUCAUUCUUUGGGGAUGCUUUUUUGUAAAGGGGACAGGACGACUGCACCGUAUUGAGGGGAGGAUGGAUGGGGCCAUGUAUCGCAAGAGAUCUUGGCCAACAACCUCCUUCCCUCAGUAAGAGCAUUGAAGAUGGGUCGUGGCUUGGUCUUCCAGCAUGACAACGACCCGAAACACACAGCCAGGGCAACUAAGGAGUGGCUCCGUAAGAAGCAUCUCAAGGUCCUGGAGUGGCCUAGCCAGUCUCCAGACCUGAACCCAAUAGAAAAUCUUUGGAGGGAGCUGAAAGUCUGUAUUGCCCAGAGACAGCCCUGAAACCUGAAGGAUCUGGAGAAGGUCUGUAUGGAGGAGUGGGCCAAAAUCCCUGCUGCAGUGUGUGCAAACCUGGUCAAGACCUACAGGAAACGUAUGAUCUCUGUAAUUGCAAACAAAGGUUUCUCUACCAAAUAUUAAGUUCUGCUUUUCUGAUGUAUCAAAUACUUAUGUCAUGCAAUUAAAUGCAAAUUAAUUACUUAAAAAUCAUACAAUGUCAUUUUCUGGAUUUUUGUUUUAGAUUCCGUGUCUCACAGUUGAAGUGUACCUAUGAUAAAAAUUACAGACCUCUACAUGCUUUGUAAGUAGGAAAACCUGCUAAAUCGGCAGUGUAUCAAAUACUUGUUCUCCCCACUACAUGUGGGUAGAGUUAAAGUGACUAUGCAUAAAUAAUUAACAGAGUAGCAGCAGUUUAAAAAGAUGGGGUGGGGGGCAGUGCAUAUAUUGUGUGUGUAUGUAUAUUUUACCGAUAUUGCAAUAUUGUUUUGGCGCUAGUUGGCUGUAACUCCAGUAUUUGUCCUUCAUAGCUUGUUCUCCUCUUCUGUUUUAAAUAGGGAGCUAAUUUGUUUCAUGUUCAUGACUGAUCAAAACUUGUUUUCUCAGCAGACAUGUACAGUGAGGGGAAAAAAAGUAUUUGAUCCCCUGCUGAUUUUUUACAUUUGCCCACAGACUAAGACAUGAUCAGUCUAUAAUUUUAAUGGUAGGUUUAUUUGAACAGUGAAAGACAGAAUAACAACAAAAAAAUCCAGAAAAACGCAUGUCAAAAAUGUUAUAAAUUGAUUUGCAUUUUAAUGAGGGAAAUAAGUGUUUGACCCCUUUCAAUCAGAAAGAUUUCUGGCUCCCAGGUGUCUUUUAUACAGGUAACGAACUGAGAUUAGGAGCACACUCUUAAAGGGAGUGAUCCUAAUCUCAGCUUGUUACCUGUAUAAAAGACACCUGUCCACAGAAGCAAUCAAUCAAUCAGAUUCCAAACUCUCCACCAUGGCCAAGACCAAAGAGCUCUCCAAGGAUGUCAGGGACAAGAUUGUAGACCUACACAAGGCUGGAAUGGGCUACAAGACCAUCGCCAAGCAGCUUGGUGAGAAGGUGACAACAGUUGGUGCGAUUAUUCGCAAAAUGGAAGAAACACGAACUGUCAAUCUCCCUCGGCCUGGGGCUCCAUGCAAGAUCUCACCUCGUGGAGUUGCAAUGAUCAUGAGAACGGUGAGGAAUCAGCCCAGAACUACACGGGAGGAUCUUGUCAAUGAUCUCAAGGCAGCUGUGACCAUAGUCACCAAGAAAACAAUUGGUAACACACUACGCCGUGAAGGACUGAAAUCCUGCAGCGCCCGCAAGGUCCCACUGAACAAGAAUGCACAUAUACAGGCCCGUCUGAAGUUUGCCAAUGAACAUCUGAAUGAUUCAGAGGAGAACUGGGUGAAAGUGUUGUGGUCAGAUGAGACCAAAAUGGAGCUCUUUGCCAUCAACUCAACUCGCUGUGUUUGGAGGAGGAGGAAUGCUGCCUAUGACCCCAAGAACACCAUCCCCACCGUCAAACAUGGAGGUGGAAACAUUAUGCUUUGGGGGUGUUUUUCUGCUAAGGGGACAGGACAACUUCACCGCAUCAAAGGGACGAUGGACAUGGGCCAUGUACCGUCAAAUCUUGGGUGAGAACCUCCUUCCCUCAGCCAAGGCAUUGAAAAUGGGUCCUGGAUGGGUAUUCCAGCAUGACAAUGACCAAAAACACACGACCAAGGCAACAAAGGAGUGGCUCAAGAAGAAGCACAUUAAAGUCCUGGAGUGGCCUAGCCAGUCUCCAGACCUUAAUCCCAUAGAAAAUCUGUGGAGGGAGCUGAAGGUUCGAGUUGCCAAAUGUCACCCUCAAAACCUUAAUGACUUGGAGAAGAUCUGCAAAGAGGAGUGGGGCAAAAUCCCUCCUGAGAUGUGUGCAAACCUGGUGGCCAACUACAAGAAACGUCUGACCUCUGUGAUUGCCAACAAGGGUUUUGCCACCAAAUAGUAAGUCAUGUUUUGCAGAGGGGUCAAAUACUUAUUUCCCUCAUUAAAAUGCAAAUCAAUUUAUAAAUUUUUUUACAUGCAUUUUUCUGGAUUUUGUUGUUGUUAUUCUGUCUCUCACUGUUCAAAUAAACCUACCAUUAAAAUGAUAGACUGCUCAUGUCUUUGUCAGUGGGCAAACGUACAAAAUCAGCAGGGGAUCAAAUACUUUUUUCCCCUCACUGUAUAUGGUGAGCAAAAUGUUUGGAUCAUCGAAACACAAUAAAAUUGCAGUACCGAAUCGCAAUGCGUAUCGGCACCUAAGUAUCGUGAUCAUAUCGUGAGGUCCCUGGUUAUUCAUAGCCCUACUGUUCUACUACUGCAUAUCUGAGCCAAGAGCAGGAGCCUCUCCAACCAAAGCCCCCACACAAUGUAAACACUGACUCAUAUUCAUCACUGAAGGAAGGCACCACUAACCAAACACAGGCUCUGUAAAGCAAAAGCUUGUGCUCUUUAAGAUACGGUGUGGACUUUGUCUUCCAAUGAAGGUGUUAUUUGGUUUAUAAGGCAUUACGUCAACAGUGCUUACACUCUCCUGUUGUCCCUCCACAUGUCUCUGUUUUGUGCUCUGUGACGGUUGUGAAGCAGAGGCAGGUAAGCCUAUUGACAGCAGUGACUUGACUGGUUGGGCUGGCCGGCAGAAUAUAGCUCUAUCUCCUCUCCGGAUUAUAUAAGCGGGAUCCGCUCACUGCUACAGCCACAGUCUGAGGGGGAGAAGGGAGGGAGGGAGGGUUAAGCUGCCCCCCUCUAAUCUCCAGUCCCUGUAACCCUGGCUUUCACAGUGAGGCUGGCUCAUCCUGACUGACCGGGUCAGUCGCACACUGCUGGCUGGGUUCACCUACAAACAUUGACUCCAGUCAGGGCCCUUGGCGCUCCGAGAGAGGAUAACAAUCAUUUUGGUUUUCAUGGGAGGUAGAAUCAUAUACAGUGAGCUCAAAGUAUUGGAUCGGUUUUGUUGUUUUGGCUCUGUACUCCAGCACUUGACACAAUUACUGAGGUUAAAGUGCAGACUGUCAGCUUUAAUUUAAGGGUAUUUUCAUCCAUAUUGUGUGAACUGUUUAGAAAUUACAUCACUUUUUGUACAGUCACUCCAUUUUAGGGGACCACAAAUAUUUUGACCAAUUCACUUGUAUUAAUUUACAUUUUAGUCAUUUAGCAGACGCUCUUAUCCAGAGCGACUUACAGUUAGGGUGCAUAUCUUUUUCAUACUAAUUAAUGUAGUGAAAAGUUAAGCUUUUGGUCCCAUAUUCAUACCAGGCAAUGACUACAUAAAGCUUGUGACUACAAACUUGUUGGAUGCAUUUGCUGUUUCUUUGGUUUCAGAUUUUGUGCACAAUAGAAAAUAUUGGUAAAUAAUGUAUUGUGUCAUUUUUCUUCUUGUAAAUAAGAAUAGAAUAUGUUUCUAAACACUUCUACAUUCAUGUGGAUGCUACCAUGAUUAUGGAUAAUCCUGAAUGAGUGAGAAAGUUAGAAGCACAAAUAUCAUAGUCCCAAGACAUGCUAACUUUUCACCAUGACAAUAACAGGGGAGGGUCGCAUUUAUGGGGGGUAUGAUAUUAGUGUCUUUCUGUCUAGUUUUUGUCUGGCCAGAAUGACUCCCUCCACUGACCAUUCUUCAAGCCUCGAUGGCUAACUAACUAGCCUCCUAUCUUCCCCUGUGUUUGUCAUGCUCUCUUUUCUCUAAUGAAUGUUUGAUCAGGUUUAGUUGCACGUUUUGACUCACACACUUACUCAAGCUCUCUCACGCACCGGAUGAUGGAGAGGGCUGUGGUGGCGUGUUAGCUGUUUGCUAAUAGAAUCCCCAGGGUGAAUUGGCAGAUGUAUUGCUGGGUCCUGGUCGGCCAGUGAGUCCCUGGUGUAUUAGUGCCUGGUGAUUUGUCUAUGACUGUUCCCGCUGACUCCACUACACCAGGCAGGCUGCGCUCAACCAAGAUGGAGGAGGGAGGGCAGGAUAAUUGGUUUCACUGUCCUCACUACUCCUCUGUCUGUAUUUCUGAGAGGAUUGGAAUAACAGUUGCAGGAUUCUAUGUGAAGUGAAGGCCAUUCAGACCGUAGUGGAUGCCUGUGUUAAAUCUAUCCCUUUAAUGUGUUAGACAGCAGUUGACUAUCUUUUUGUCCCUUUUUAAAAAAUCUGGUAUGUAUGGGAGGUGGGGAAAAAAAGUAUUUAGUCAGCCACCAAUUGUGGAAGUUCUCCCACUUAAAAAGAUGAGAGAAGCCUGUAAUUUUCAUCAUAGGUACACGUCAACUAUGACAGACAAAAUGAGAUGAAAAAAAAUCCAGAAUAUCACAUUGUAGGAUUUUUUAUGAAUGUAUUUGCAAAUUAUGGUGGAAAAUAAGUAUUUGGUCAAUAACAAAAGUUUCUCAAUACUUUGUUAUAUACCCUGUGUUGGCAAUGACACAGGUCAAACGUUUUCUGUAAGUCUUCACAAGGUUUUCACACACUGUUGCUGGUAUUUUGGCCCAUUCCUCCAUGCAGAUCUUCUCUAGAGCAGUGAUGUUUUGGGGCUGUCGCUGGGCAACACGGACUUUCAACUCCCUCCAAAGAUUUUCUAUGGGGUUGAGAUCUGGAGACUGGCUAGGCCACUCCAGGACCUUGAAAUGCUUCUUACGAAGCUACUCCUUCGUUGCCCGGGCGGUGUGUUUGGGAUCAUUGUCAUGCUGAAAAACCCAGCCACGUUUCAUCUUCAAUGCCCUUGCUGAUGGAAGGAGGUUUUCACUCAAAAUCUCACGAUACAUGGCCCCAUUCAUUCUUUCUUUUACACGGAUCAGUCGUCCUGGUCCCUUUGCAGAAAAACAGCCCCAAAGCAUGAUGUUUCCACCCCCAUGCUUCACAGUAGGUAUGGUGUUCUUUGGAUGCAACUCAGCAUUCUUUGUCCUCCAAACACGACGAGUUGAGUUUUUACCAUCUGACCAUAUGAUAUUCUCCCAAUCCUCUUCUGGAUCAUCCAAAUGCACUCUAGCAAACUUCAGACGGGCCUGGACAUGUACUGGCUUAAGCAGGGGGACACGUCUGGCACUGCAGGAUUUGAGUCCCUGGCGGCGUAGUGUGUUACUGAUGGUAGGCGUUGUUACUUUGGUCCCAGCUCUCUGCAGGUUAUUCACUAGGUGGGGACCUAGUGAAUUCUGGGAUUUUUGCUCACCGUUCUUGUGAUCAUUUUGACCCCACGGGGUGAGAUCUUGCGUGGAGCCCCAGAUUGAGGGAGAUUAUCAGUGGUCUUGUAUGUCUUCCAUUUCCUAAUAAUUGCUCCCACAGUUGAUUUCUUCAAACCAAGCUGCUUACCUAUUGCAGAUUCAGUCUUCCCAGCCUGGUGCAGGUCUACAAUUUUGUUUCUGGUGUCCUUUGACAGCUCUUUGGUCUUGGCCAUAGUGGAGUUUGGAGUGUGACUGUUUGAGGUUGUGGACAGGUGUCUUUUAUACUGAUAACAAGUUCAAACAGGUGCCAUUAAUACAGGUAACGAGUGGAGGACAGAGGAGCCUCUUAAAGAAGAAGUUACAGGUCUGUCAGAGCCAGAAAUCUUGCUUGUUUGUAGGUGACCAAAUACUUAUUUUCCACCAUAAUUUGCAGAUAAAUUCAUUAAAAAUCCUACAAUGUGAUUUUCUAGAUUCCUUUUCCUCAAUUUGUCUGUCAUAGUUGACGUGUACCUAUGAUGAUAAAUUACAGGCCUCUCAUCUUUUUAAGUGGGAGAACUUGCACAAUUGGUGGCUGACUAAAUACUUUUUUUCCCCACUGUAUGUAUGUAUGUAUGUAUGUAUGGGAGGUGAAAGUAUCUCAAUAACAGACGGACCAAACUUUUAUGAACAAGUAAACGCCAUAAAGUACCAGAGGAUGAAUUUGGACACACCUACACUGGUGUUGGCUGGCCUUGGUGCUCUGAAACGGGCAAGGGACUUUCUCUCCAAGGACAACCUCCACACCAUUUACCAAACAAUGAAAACUCACGUGGACUACUGUGCCACAGUAUGGCUCCCACCCGACAUCAGUGCAAUAAGACAUGUCUUAACCAGCUCCAGCUUCCCACCCGACAUCAGUGCAAUAAGACAUGUCUUAACCAGCUCCAGCUUCCCACCCUACAUCAGUGCAAUAAGACAUGUCUUAACCAGCUCCAGCUUCCCACCCUACAUCAGUGCAAUAAAACAGGUUUUAACCAGCUCCAGUGAAUCAUCAACAAGGCUGCUCGUAUCAUGAAUGGUCAUUCACAAAGGGAACACAAAAAGACAUUUGAAACACUGGUGGACAGGAUCCGAUUCAACACCCUGGUGACUGUUUUCAAGGCAACACAACAGCAAAUGCCUAAUUUAUGUCAGACCUGUUCAGCAGUCUCCACCAAUCCUCUGAGGACUAGAGCAGCUGCCAAAGCCUAUGAACAAUGGGACCCCCACCUACUGGCUCAUCCACCAACUAAACACAUGGCCUUCCAAAGCAGUCUGUGGUUCUUUUGGAUCACUGCUGUGGAACAAGCUGGACUGACCCACACGACCGCUAGCUAGCAUUUCCGCAUUCAAAAGAGCUGUACAAAUCAGAUAAAAGACUGAUGUAAUGUGAGUGUGCUCUUGUAUGUAUGUAUGUAUUUAUGUAUGCUACUGUGUGCUGUACUUGCAGCUGUCUUGUUUGUAUGCUACAGUGUAUGUACAGUACAUUCGGAAAGUAUUCAGACCCCUUGACUUUUUCCACAUUUUGUUACGUUACAGCCUUUUUCUAAAAUUGAUUGGGGGGAAAGAACAAUUUAAUCUACACACAAUACUCCAUAAUGACAAAGCAACAACAGAUUUUGUAGAAAUUCUAGCUAAUUUAUUAAAAAUAAAUGGAAAUAUGACAUUUGCAUAAGAAUUCAGACCCUUUACUCAGUACUUCGAAGCACGUUUGGCAGCGAUUACAGCCUCAAGCCUUCUUGGGUAUGAUGCUGUAAGCUUGGCACACCUGUAUUUGGGGAGUUUCUCCCAUUCUUCUCUGCAGAUCCUCUCAAGCUCUGUCAGGUUGGAUGGGGAGCGUUGCUGCACAACUAUUUUCAGGUCUCUCCAGAGAUGUCCGAUCGGGUUCAAGUCCGGGCUCUGGCUGGACCACUCAAGGACAUUCAGAGACUUGUCCUGAAGCCACUCCUGCAUUGUCUUGGCUGUGUGCUUAGGGUCAUUGUCCUGUUGGAAGGUGAACCUUCGCCCCAGUCUGAGGUCCUGAGCGCUCUGGAGCAGGUUUUCAUCAAGGAUAUCUCUGUACUUUGCUCCGUUCAUCUUUGCCUCGAUCCUGACUAGUCUCCCAGUCCCUGCCACUGAAAAACAUCCCCACAGCAUAAUGCUGCCACAUCAUGCUUAACCGUAUGGAUGGUGCCAGGUUUCCUCCAGACGUGAUGCUUGGCAUUCAGUCCAAAGAGUUCAAUCUUGGUUUCAUCAGACAAUAGAAUCUUGUUUCUCAUGGUCUGAGAGUCUUUAGGUGCCUUUUGGCAAACUCCAAGCGGGCUGUCAUGUGCCUUUUUUACUGGAGUAACUUCCGUCUGGCCACUCUACCAUAAAGGCCUGAUUGGUGGAGUGCUGCAGAGAUUGUUGUCCUUCUCCCCGACCAAGGCCCUUCUCCCCCGAUUGCUCCAUUUGGCCGUGCGGCCAGCUCUAGGAAGAGUCUUGGUGGUUCCAAACAUCUUACAUCUAAGAAUGAUGGAGGCCACUGUUCUUGGGGACCUUCAAUGCUGCAGAAAUGUUUUGGUACCCUUCCCCAGAUCUGUGCCUCGACACAAUCCUGUCUUGGAGCUCUACGAAUAAUUCCUUCGACCUCAUGGCUUGGUUUUUGCUCUGACAUGCACUGUCAACUGUGGGACCUUAUGUAGACAGGUGUGUGUGUGUGUGUGUGUGUGCCUUUUCCAAAUCAUGUUCAAUCAAUUGAGUUGACCACAGGUGGACUCCAAUCAAGUUGUAGAAACGUCUCAAGGAUGAUCAAUGGAAAUAGGAUUCACCUGAGCUCAAUUUCGAGUCUCAAAGCAAAGGGUCUGAAUACUUAUGGAAAUAACGUACUUCUGUUUUUAUUUUUUAAAUGUGCAAAAAUGUCUAAACCUGUGUUUGCUUUCUCAUUAUGGGGUGUUGUGUGUAGAUUGCUGAGGAAAAAAAUGAAUUGAAUCAAUUUUAAGGCUGUAAUGUAACAAGGGGUCUGAAUACUUUCUGAAGACAGCUUUUGUGUGUUUUUAUUGACUAUUGAACCCAGGACUCCCUGGAAAACAGUGUUACAGGGCUAUCCUGCCUAAAUGAAUAAAUAAAUGAAAUGAAUGUGUGUUUCACGUCUUCAUGGUGGUGUGCUGUACAGGCACAUCGCCGUCCUCCCUCCAUGAUUCACUGUGUCCUGACUGCGUCUCCCUCCUCUCUCUGUGUAUCAGGUUACAUCCUCAGCCUGGUGCUCCUGACUCUGCCUCGUCAGCACCUGGUGAAGCUCUACCUGUACGUGCUCACUGCCCUACUGCUCUUCGCUGGACACCAGGUCUCCAGGUGAGACGUUCAAUUGUUAGCGAGGAGUGAGCUGUAUUCGGAAGGUCAUUUUAAAAGCCAUUGCGUGCUGUGUUUGUUAACCAUUUUCAAAUUGCUCCAUAAAACAGUUAGGGGUAAUAGUAUUGAGUGAAUCAAGCUUCUACUGGCCCUGUGUGUGUGUGUGUAACUGUUGAAUUCUCUGAGGGAUGUUUUUGUAUCUAACCAGUGAGGACAGAGGACCGCCGGUGUGACUGCAGGAGGUGAACUGAGCUCUGGGUUGUCUUGUUUUUAGGGAUUAUGUCCACAGUGAGCUGGACUCUGGGUACGAGGGACCACUCUACCUGGAGCCGCUGUCCAUGAACCGCUUCUCCACCGCCCUCCUAGGUAACUAACUAAACACAUUGCCGCCUUCACCAUAGGUAACUACACUGAACAAAAAUAUAAACGCAACAUGAAAAGUGCUGGUCCCAUGUUGCUUGAGCUGAAAUAAAACAUCCCAGAAAUGUUCCAUAAGCACAAAAAGCUUAUUUCUCUCAAAUGUUGUGCACAUAGUUGUUUUCAUCCCUGUUAGUGAGAAUUCCUCCUUUGCCAAAAUAAUAUGGCAUAUCAAGAAGCUAAUAAAACAGCAUGAUCAUUACACAGGUGCACCUUGUGCUGGGGACAAUAAAUGGCAACUGUAAAAUGUGCAGUUUUGUCACACAACACAAUGCCACAGUUUUGAGGGAGCCUGCAAUAGGCAUGCUUACUACAGGAAUGUCCACCAGCGCUGUUGCCAGAUAAUUUCAUGUUCAAUUCUCUACUGUUAGCCGCCUCCAACGUCGUUUUAGAGAAUUUGGCCUCAACCGUAGCCCAGGACCUCUACAUCCGACUUCUUCACCUGCGGAAUUGUCUGACACCAGCCACCCGGACAGCUGAUGAAACUGUGGGUUUGCACAACCGUAUAAUUUCUGCACAAACUGUCAGAAACCGUCUCUGGGAAGCUCAUCUGGGUGCUCAUUGUCCUCACCAGGGUCUUGACCUGGCUGCAGUUCGGCGUCGUAAUCGACUUCACUGGGCAAAUGCUCACCUUCGAUGGCCACUGGCACGCUGGAGAAGUGUGCUCUACACAGAUGAAUCCCGGCGUCGUGUGGGUGAGCGGUUUGCUGAUGUCAACGUUGUGAACAGAGUGCCCCAUGGUGGGGUUAUGGUAUGGAAAAGGCAUAAGCUAUGGACAACAAACACAAUUGCAUUUUAUCGAUGGCAAUUUGAAUGCACAGAGACUGACGAGAUCCUGAGGCCCAUUGUCGUGCCAUUCAUCCGCCACCAUCACCUCAUGUUUCAGCAUGAUAAUGCACAGACCCAUGUCGCAAGGAUCUGUACACAAUUCCUGGAAGCUGAAAAUGUCCCAGUUCUUCCAUGGCCUGCAUACUGACCAGACAUGUCACCCAUUGACCAUGUUUGGGAUGCUCUGGAUCGACGUGUGCGAUAGCGUGUUCCAGUUCCCGCCAAUAUCCAGCAACUUCGCACAGCCAUUGAAGAGGAGUGGGACAACAUUCCACAGGCCACAAUCAACAGCCUGAUCAACUCUAUGCGAAGGAGAUCAAAUCAAAUCAAAUUUUAUUGGUCACAUGCGCCGAAUACAACAGGUGCAGACAUUACAGUGAAAUGCUUACUUAGAUGUCGUGCUGCAUGAGGCAAAUGGUGGUCACACCAGAUACUGGCUGGUUUUCUGAUCCACACCCCCACAAGGUAUUGUAUCUGUUACCAACAGAUGCAAAUCUGUAAUCCCAGUCAUGUGAAAUCCAUAGAUGAGGGCCUAAUUAAUUUAUUUCAAUGGACUGAUUUCCAUAUGAACUGUAACUCAGUAAAGUCUUUUGAAAUUGAUGCAUGUUGCGUUUAUUUUUGUUCAGAGUAACUAAACACAGUCCCACCCUAAUUACAUUUUAGUCAUUUUAGCAGAUGCUCAUAUCCAGAGAAACUUACAGUAGUACAUUUUUCAUACUUGUCCCCUGUGUGAAUUGAACCCACAACCCUGGCGAUGCAAGCGCCACGCUCUACCAACUGAGCCAUAGGUAACCAACUAAACACAGACCCACCUUCACCACCACUACCACCCUCAUAGGUAACCAACUAAACACAGUCUCACCUUCACCACCACCACCCUCAUAGGUAACCAACUAAACACAGUCCCACCUUCACCACUACCACCCUCAUAGGUAACCAACUAAACACAGUCCUACCUUCACCACCACUACCACCCUCAUAGGUAACCAACUAAACACAGACCCACCUUCACCACCACUACCACCCUCAUAGGUAACCAACUAAUUUUAAACACAGACCCACCUUCACCACCACCACCACCACCCUCAUAGGUAACCAACUAAACACAGUCCCACCUUCAGCAAUACAAGGUUAUAACAUUUAUGGAAAAGCCAAUGGUGGUGUUGCUGUUUAUAUUCAGAACCACAUUCCUGUGAAUAUUAGACAGGAUCUCAUGUUAAAUACUGUUGAAGUAAUAUGGCUAGAGGUUAAUCCUGCCUCCCCUAAUGCCAAUUCUGGUUGGAAGCUGCUAUAGACGACCAAGUGCUAACAGUCAGUUUCUGGAUAACAUGUGUGAAAUGCUUGAUAAUGUAUGUGAUAUCAAUAGAGGUAUACUUUCUUGGUGAUUUUAUAUAUUUACUGGCUUUCAUCAGGCUGCUCACUCAAGAGAAGGCUUCAAACUGUAACCAGUGCCUGCAACCUGGUUCAGGUUAUCAGUCAACCUACCAGGGUGGUUACAAACAAUACAGGAAUUAAAUCAACAUGUAUCAAUCAUAUCUUUACUAAUGCUGCAGAGAUUUGUUUGAAAGCAGUAUCCAAAUACAAUGGAUGUAGUGAUCACAAUAUAGUAGCCAUAUCUAGGAAAACCAAAGAUCCAAAGGCUGGGCCUAAUAUAGUGGAUAAGAGGUCAUACAAUAAGUUUUGUAGUGAUUCCUAUGUUGUUGAUGUAAAGAAAAUAUGCUGGUCCAUGGUGUGUAAUGAGGAGUAAACAGACACUACACUUGACACAUUUUAUGAAAUUGCUUAUUCCAGUUACUAAUAAGCAUGCAUCCAUUAAGAAAAUGACUAAAAACUGUUUGAGGAAUUGAAAAAUUGUAUGGUUGAGAGGGAUGAGGCAAAAGGCAUGCCAAAUAAGUCUGGCUGCACAACCGAUUGGCAAACAUACUGCAAAUUGAGAAAUCAUGUGCCUAAACUGAAUAAAAAGAAGAAACAACAACACUAUGAAACAAAAAUAAAUGACAUAAAGAAUGAUAGUAAAAAGCUUUGGAGCACCUUAAAUGAAAUUUGGGGGGAAAAGGCAAACUCGGCUCCAUCAAUCAGAUGGCUCAUUCAUCACAAAACCAACUGAUAUUGGCAACUACUUUUAAUAAUUUUUUCAUUGGCAAGAUUAGCAAACUUAGGCAUGACAUGCCAGCAACAAUUGCUGACACUACACAUCCAAGUAUAUCUGACCUAAUUAUGAAAGAUUAGCAUUGUAAUUUUGAAUUCUGUAAAGUGAGUGUGGAAGAGGUGAACAAAUUGUUGUCUAUUACCAAUGACAAGCCACCAGGGUCUGACAACUUGGAUGAAAAAUUGCUGAGGAUAAUAGCGGACGAUAUUGCCACUCCUAUUUGCCAUAUCUUCAAUUUAAGCCUACUAGAAAGUGUGUGCCCCAGGCUUGGAGGGAAGCUAAAGUCAUUCUGCUACCUAAGAAUAGCCCCCUUUACUGGCUCAAACAGCCAACCAAUCAGCCUGUUACCAACCCUUAGGAAACUAUUGGAAAAAAUUGUGUUUGACCAGAUACAAUGCUAUUUUACUGUAAACAAAUUGACAACAAACUUUCAGCAUGCUUAUAGAGAAGGACAUUCAACAAGCACAGCACUUACACAAAUGACUGAUUGGCUGAGAGAAAUUGAUGAUAAAAAGAUUGGGGGGGCUGUUUUUGUUUGACUUCAGUGCAGCUUUUGACAUUAUUGAUCAUAGUCUGCUGCUGGAAAAACUUGUGUUAUGGCUUUAAUAUGGAUAAAGAGUUACUUGUCUAACAGAACACAGAGGGUGUCCUUUAAUAGAAGCCUCUCAAACAUAAUCCAGGUAGAAUCAGGAAUUCUCCAGGGCAGCUGUCUAGGCCCCUUACUUUUUUCCAUCUUUACUAAUGACAUGCCACUGGCCUUGAGUAAAGUAUGUAUGCGGAUGACUCAACAUUAUACACGUCAGCUACUACAGCAACUGAAAUAACUGCAACACUUAACAAAGAGUUGCAGUUACUUUUGGAAUGGGUGGCAAGGAAUAAAUUAGUCCUGAAUAUUUCCAAAACUAAAAGCAUUGCAUUUGGGUCAAAUCAUUCACUAAACCCUCAACCUCAACUACAUCUCGUAAUGAAUAAUGUGGAAAUUGAGCAAGUUGAGGUGACUAAACUGCUUGGAGUAACCCUGGAUUGUAGACUGUCAUGGUCAAAGCAUUGAUAUAACAGUAGCUAGGAUGGGGAGAAGUAUGUCCAUAAUAAAGCGCUGCUCUGCCUUCUUAACAACACUAUCAACAAGGCAGGUCCUACAGGCCCUAGUUUUGUCGCACCUGGACUACUGUUCAGUAGUGUGGUCAGGUGACACAAAGAGGGACUUAAGAAAAUUGCAGUUGGCUCAGAACAGGGCAGCACGGCUGGCCCUUAGAAGUACACGGAGAGCUAACAUUGAUGACAUGCAUGUCAGUCUCUCCUGGCUCAGAGUGGAAGAGAUUGACUUCAUCAGUGCUUGUUUUUGUGAGGUGUCGAUGAGCUGAAUGUACCGAGCUGUCUGUUUUGGACUACUGUCACACAGCUCGGACACCCAUGUAUACCCCACAAGACAUGCCACCAGAGGUCUCUUCACAGUCCCCAAGUCCAGAACGGACUAUGGGAGGCGCACAGUACAACAUGAAACUAUUCCACCUCAGGUAACUGAUCCAAGCAGUAGAAUCAGAAUUAAAAAACAGUAAAAAAUACACCUUGUGGAACAGCAAGGACUGUGAAGAGACAUGCACACAUACAUAUAGACACUCACUCUACACACACAUACACAUGGAUGUUGUAUUGUAAAUAUGUGAUAGUGGAGGAGUGGCCUGAGGGAACACACUAAAUGUAUUGUAAAUAUAAUGUCAUGUAAUAUUUUAAAUGGUAUAUAACUGCCUUAAUGUUGCAGGACCCCAGGAAGAGUAGCUGCUGCCUUGGCAACAGCUAAUGUGGAUCCUUAAUAAAUACAAAUACUAAAUACAGUCCCACCUUCACCACUACCACCCUCAUAGGUAGCCAACUAAACACAGUCCCACCUUCACCACCACCCUCAUAGGUAGCCAACUAAACCCAGUCCCACCUUCACCACCACCACCACCCUCAUAGGUAACCAACUAAACACAGACCCACCUUCACCACCACCACCACCACCCUCAUAGGUAACCAACUAAACACAGACCCACCUUCACCACCACUACCACCCUCAUAGGUAACCAACUAAACAGUCCCACCUUCACCACCCUCAUAGGUAACCAACUAAACAGUCCCACCUUCACCACCACUACCACCCUCAUAGGUAGCCAACUAAACACAGUCCCAUCCUCAUAGGUAACCAACUAAACUAGGUUCGUCCUACAACCUUUUUAGACACAUGGGAAACGCAGUGUUUCCUUGCUUCAUCAUUAUAGGCAGUAGGUAGAGGGUUCAGGAGGUUGGCGGUGGGUGCUGUUGAAUCUGUUGCUCUGAGAUGCCGUUUGCCGCAGAGCUCCUCAGCUUUCUGAAGGGGUGCACACAACGCGGUAGAGAGCAGCUUAAUGCAGCCACAGUCCUCCAGUCCUCCAGAAACAGGAAACACCAAAGAGAACGCACACAACUCACAGGUCUCUCAAUCUCUCCCUCUCUCUUUUAAUCUCUACGUUACUUUCACUCAUUGAUGUAUUUCUUUGUUGCAUUGCUUCUGUCAAUCAGAGGGAAGCUUGUUGUGGUUCUGCAGUAUCUGUAGGGUUUUAGGUUAUUGGGGUGUGGGAUCCACCUCUUCUAAAAAUACGGCUGGCCAUAAUAGUGUUGUAUUCAGAGCUCAGUAAAAGGCUGAAAGCCCGAAAGGGGAACAAACCAUUGUCUUGUUUCAUCAUGAAUAGGAGGCCUGCCUAUGAAAUGUCAUUAUGUAAUGAUCUGAUGCUGAGCAGAUUCUCCUUCUCUGUUAGGUAACCCUCUGCUACUUUGACUUUUAACAACGGGAACCCUUUCCCUAACAUGUUACAAAAGGGAGGGACUGAUUUGAUGCUUUGGUGAGUUUUGUUGACUUGAUUAGGGACAGUCGUUGAACUUUGGCCUUUUUAGAUUCAAUCACUGAAGUACUCUCUAAUUUCUCUAAAAGACUGGUGGGAUAGUUCAUUUUUUGGAGAAUAAUUGUAGCCAUAUUUUAACAAUGAGAAAACGGUCAAUUCAAUUAUCCUUGACCAUUGUUACAUAUAAAUCAAAGGUUAUUUGUCACAUGCACCGAAUACAACAGGUGUAUGUAGACCUUACAGUGAAAUGCUUACUUACAAGCCCUUAACCAACAAUGCAGGUAAGAAAAAUAGUUAAGAAAAUAUUUACCAAAUAAAUUAAUACAAUAGAAUAACAAUAGCAAGGUUAUAUGCAGGGGGUACCGGUACCGAGUCAAUGUGUGGGGGUACAGGUUAGUCGAGGAAAUGUGUACAUGUAGGUAGGGGUAAAGUGACUAUGCAUAGAUAAUAAACAGAGAGUAACAGCAGUGUAAAAACAAAGCGGGGGUCAAUGUAAAUAGUCCGGGUGGCCAUUUUAUUAAUUGUUCAGCAGUCUUAUGGCUUGGGGGUAGAAGCUGUUAAGGAGUCUUUUGGACCUAGACUUGGCGCACCGGUACCGCUUGCCGUGCGGUAGCAGAGAGAACAGUCUAUGACUAGGGUGGCUGGAGUCUUUGACAAUUUUGAGGUCCUUCCUCUGACACCGCCUGGUAUAGAGGUCCUGGAUGGUAGGAAGCUUGGCCCCAAUAAUGUACUGGACCGUACGCACUACCCUGUGUAGCGCUUUGCGGUCGGAUGCCGAGCAGUUGCAAUACCAGGCGGUGAUGCAACCAGUCAGGAUGCUCUCGAUGGUGCAGCUGUACAACUUUUUGAGGAUCUGAGGACCCGUGCCAAAUCUUUUCAGUCUCCUGAGGGGGAGUAGGCAUUUGGAAAUUUUUAAGUUUAAAUGUAGUUUUUAUGAUGGUGCAUUGAGCUACUACUGCGCAUUUAGCCCUCCAGUCUGCCCUCAGUAUGCUGUUUUCCCUACUUCAAAUAGUAAUUACAGGCAUGCACCUAACAGAGUUUCCACAAGUCCUGACACAGAUCAAUGCAACACACCAGAAAACCUUUUUAGUAACGGAAUCAGUUCAAUCAUGGUGAAAAUAGCAGUCUGUCCUCUGUUUUACCUCUGCAUUUGCGUCAUUCUGAUUUGGUCAAGAGCAGAUGUAUAAAAAAAAAAGAGUGAAAUAGUGAACUAAUUUGAAAUGCCCAUCCCUAAUUCAACCCUGAGCUCCUAACGUCUGUACUGUACAGUUGCUCUCCUGUCCUGCCUAGAGUUCUGCGGGUCACACUGAGUUCAUGCUAUUUAGACGGCAGGCAGCCUAGCUGGCCAGUAACCAAAAGAUCUCUUGUUCAACUCCCCAAGCCGACUAAAUGAAUCAUCUCUGUGCUCUUGAGCAAGGCACUUAACCCUAAUUGCUCCUGUAAGUUGCUCUUCAUAAGAGCGUCUGCUAAACGACUGAGAAGUAAUAUUUUCUAGAAACAGAGGAGAGCAGCUGUAGGCAGGGACUUCUUGGCCCAGUCACUAGUGUGUUGUAGAAAAUGCAGCCACUAUGCUGUCGUCACCAGCCUCGGUGAAGUCACUGGAUCUGACACGGUCUUCACUAUGUCUCAUUCCUUCUCUCUCUCAUGUGAUGAGAUUGAGCUUUCUAGUGCAGUACCAUGCUAGCACUGUGUCAUCCGAGUCAACUUGGGGCACGUAGCAGUAAAGCUACAAGUACUGCCUGCCUCAAUGUACUAUUUUGAGGUUCAUUUUGCCCUUAUUUGAACUUGAAGGCAUUGCAAAUGUGACUUGCAAAAUCAUCAAUGCGUUAAUUAAUAUAUUUUCUCAGUUAGCUCUUUACUUUCUCUUCAGGUUCAGCUGUUCAGUGUUCCUAUACCGCGGUUGUCCCUAUACGCUGUGUAUUAACCCCGUCCCUCCUGUGUCCCUGCCUCUCUCUCCAGGUUCAGCUGUUCAGUGUUCCUAUACCGCGGUUGUCCCUAUACGCUGUGUAUUAACCCCGUCCCUCCUGUGUCCCUGCCUUCUCUCCAGGUCAGAUGGUGGUGUGCACCCUGUGCUCCUGCGUCAUGCAGACCAAGAGGAUCUGGCUGUUCUCUGCUCACCUGCUCCCCCUGGUGGCCCGUCUCUGUCUGGUCCCCCUGGAGACCAUUGUGUUCAUCAACCGCUUCGCCAUGAUCUUCACAGGCCUCGAGGUCAUCUAUUUCCUGGCCACCAACCUGCUGGUGCCAUACAACCUGGCCAAGACUGCCUACAGGGAGCUGGUGCAGGUAAAACUGUCUACUUGGCACAGAAUUAUUUUCAUGCGUUUGUUUCUCUAACUAGAAGAGAUUGUGAAUACAUUUAUUACCUGAUCGUCACUGUUCCCCCCCCACACACUCUGGAGACUGUAAAUCUACCCGUUUUCUGAGGAUCUAUGCUGUCUUGAGGUGUUUUUAUUUCUAGUAGCUAACCAUGUCUGUGAUAUCCUCUCUUCCCUGUCCUGCUGUGCCCAGGUGGUGGAGGUGUAUGGGCUGCUGGCUCUGGGGAUGUCCCUGUGGAACCAGCUGGUUCUGCCCGUCCUCUUCAUGUGCUUCUGGCUGGUGCUGUUUGCCCUGCAGAUCUACAGCUACUUCAGUAGCCGGGACAAGCCCACCUCCAGAGAGAGGCUGCUCUUCCUCUUCCUCACCAGGUGGGACAGGCACUACAAACACGUCCUCUUCCUCACCAGGUGGGACCAGCCAUACAAACACGUCCUCUUCCUCACCAGGUGGGACCAGCCAUACAAACACGUCCUCUUCCUCACCAGGUGGGACCAGCCAUACAAACACUUCCUCUUCCUCACCAGGUGGGACCAGCCAUACAAACACUUCCUCUUCCUCACCAGGUGGGACCAGCCAUACAAACACUUCCUCUUCCUCACCAGGUGGGACCAGCCAUACAAACACUUCCUCUUCCUCACCAGGUGGGACCAGCCAUACAAACACUUCCUCUUCCUCACCAGGUGGGACCAGCCAUACAAACACUUCCUCUUCCUCACCAGGUGGGACCAGCCAUACAAACACGUCCUCUUCCUCACCAGGUGGGACCAGCCAUACAAACACGUCCUCUUCCUCACCAGGUGGGACCAGCCAUACAAACACUUCCUCUUCCUCACCAGGUGGGACCAGCCAUACAAACACUUCCUCUUCCUCACCAGGUGGGACCAGCCAUACAAACACUUCCUCUUCCUCACCAGGUGGGACCAGCCAUACAAACACUUCCUCUUCCUCACCAGGUGGGACCAGCCAUACAAACACUUCCUCUUCCUCACCAGGUGGGACCAGCCAUACAAACACUUCCUCUUCCUCACCAGGUGGGACCAGCCAUACAAACACUUCCUUGGUAUUUGUGUUUCUCUCUUGGAAUGCUUAUCCCUUGUGGAAUGCGAGGAGUUUGAAACCCAAGUCGACCUGUUUUGCUGGAACUUUUUCACAACGUUAUUGAGUCUCGAGUUCUACAAUUUCACUCGUCUGUUUAUUUCAAUCAAAGAAAAUGGGAUGUGUGCCGUCUAUAAGUUUAGUGAGUUAAGGCCCCCUGUCUCCUUGUCCCCUCAGUAUUGCAGAGUGCUGCAGCACUCCCUACUCUCUGCUGGGCCUGGUCUUUACGGUUUCCUUCGUGGCGCUGGGUGUCCUCACCCUCUGCAAGUUCUACCUGCAGGGCUACCGGGCCUUCAUGAAUGACAACACCAUGCACCGGUCAGUCAGCACCUGCCUUCUCAUGUGAUGUGUAUUUAUGUCGGUUAUGUGUGUUAUGAGGACUACAGGUUUGAACACUGAGGAACCUUUUUUCCUUUCUGACUGAAAGCACCACAUUUUAAAGAGAAGACUGAACAUUCACCCUACUUCUCUACCUCCCUCCAUCUCAGGGGGAUGACAGAGGGCAUCACGAUACUGAUCCUGGCUGUACAGACGGGUCUGAUCGAGCUGCAGGUCAUCCACCGAGCCUUCCUCCUCAGUAUCAUCCUCUUCGUCGUGGUGGCCUCCAUUCUACAGUCCAUGCUGGAGAUAGCUGACCCCAUCGUACUGGCUCUGGGGGCCUCCCGGGACAAGUAAGUCAUUCAAGGCUGAUUUUGAAAUGUGACUUUAUUUUUGCACUACUUUUGACUAGGGCCCAUAGGGUCAUCCACACAGAGAGCGAGAGAAAUGUAUUUAACCUUUUAUUUAUACAGAGAAAUGGAGAGCAGAGUAACUUCAAAUGCCUCACUUCAAAUGUAAACCCAUUAAAAAUUCCCCAACUAUAUGGUUAAAUUCAACCCAACUUUAUUAAUCCCCUCCGAGGAGAUUCCCUACUAAUAGGUCUGUUGGUGUUUGCUCUGUUCAGGAGCCUGUGGAAGCACUUCCGGGCCGUGAGCCUGUGCCUGUUCCUGCUGGUGUUCCCAGCCUACAUGGCCUACAUGAUCUGCCAGUUCUUCCACAUGGACUUCUGGCUACUCAUCAUCAUCUCCUCCAGCAUCCUCACCUCACUGCAGGUACACACACCUGCGGCUCUGUUGCUGUGGACACACACACACACACACACACACACACCCCUCCGGCUCUGUUGCUGUGGACACACACACACACACACACACACACACACACCUCAUGCUCUGUUGCUGUGGGGACACACACACCUCAGGCUCUGUUGCUGUGGGGACACACACACCUCAGGCUCUGUUGCUGUGGGGACACACACCUCAGGCUCUGUUGCUGUGGGGACACACACACCUCAGGCUCUGUUGCUGUGGGGACACACACACCUCAGGCUCUGUUGCUGUGGGGACACACACACCUCAGGCUCUGUUGCUGUGGGGACACACACACCUCAUGCUCUGUUGCUGUGGGGACACACACACCUCAUGCUCUGUUGCUGUGGGGACACACACCUCAGGCUCUGUUGCUGUGGGGACACACACCUCAGGCUCUGUUGCUGUGGGGGGACACACACAUCAGGCUCUGUUGCUGUGGGGACACACACCUCAGGCUCUGUUGCUGUGGGGACACACACCUCAGGCUCUGUUGCUGUGGGGACACACACCUCAGGCUCUGUUGCUGUGGGGACACACACCUCAGGCUCUGUUGCUGUGGGGACACACACCUCAGGCUCUGUUGCUGUGGGGGGACACACCUCAGGCUCUGUUGCUGUGGGGGGACACACCUCAGGCUCUGUUGCUGUGGGGGGACACACACCUCAGGCUCUGUUGCUGUGGGGGGACACACACCUCAGGCUCUGUUGCUGUGGGGACACACACCUCAUGCUCUGUUGCUGUGGGGGGGGACACACCUCAGGCUCUGUUGCUGUGGGGACACACACCUCAGGCUCUGUUGCUGUGGGGACACACACCUCAGGCUCUGUUGCUGUGGGGACACACACACCUCAGGCUCUGUUGCUGUUCGGACACACACACCUCAGGCUCUGUUGCUGUGGACACACACCUCAGGCUCUGUUGCUGUGGACACACACACCUCAGGCUCUGUUGCUGUGGGGACACACACCUCAUGCUCUGUUGCUGUGGGGGGACACACUCCUCAGGCUCUGUUGCUGUGGGGGGACACACUCCUCAGGCUCUGUUGCUGUGGGGGGACACACACCUCCGGCUCUGUUGCUGUGGGGACACACACACCUCAGGCUCUGUUGCUGUGGGGACACACACACCUCAGGCUCUGUUGCUGUGGGGGGACACACACCUCCGGCUCUGUUGCUGUGGGGGGACACACACCUCCGGCUCUGUUGCUGUGGGGACACACACCUCAGGCUCUGUUGCUGUGGGGACACACACACCUCAGGCUCUGUUGCUGUGGACACACACACCUCAUGCUCUGUUGCUGUGGGGGGACACACUCCUCAUGCUCUGUUGCUGUGGGGACACACACCUCAGGCUCUGUUGCUGUGGGGACACACACCUCAGGCUCUGUUGCUGUGGGGACACACACACCUCAGGCUCUGUUGCUGUUCGGACACACACACCUCAGGCUCUGUUGCUGUUCGGACACACACACCUCAGGCUCUGUUGCUGUGGACACACACACCUCAGGCUCUGUUGCUGUGGACACACACACCUCAGGCUCUGUUGCUGUGGACACACACACCUCAGGCUCUGUUGCUGUGGACACACACACCUCAGGCUCUGUUGCUGUGGACACACACACCUCAGGCUCUGUUGCUGUGGACACACACACCUCAGGCGCUGUUGCUGUGGACACACACACCUCAGGCUCUGUUGCUGUGGACACACACACCUCAGGCUCUGUUGCUGUGGGGACACACACACCUCAGGCUCUGUUGCUGUGGGGACACACACACCUCAGGCUCUGUUGCUGUGGACACACACACCUCAGGCUCUGUUGCUGUGGACACACACACCUCAGGCUCUGUUGCUGUGGGGACACACACACCUCAGGCUCUGUUGCUGUGGGGACACACACACCUCAGGCUCUGUUGCUGUGGACACACACACCUCAGGCUCUGUUGCUGUGGACACACACACCUCAGGCUCUGUUGCUGUGGGGACACACACACCUCAGGCUCUGUUGCUGUGGGGACACACACACCUCAGGCUCUGUUGCUGUGGGGACACACACACCUCAGGCUCUGUUGCUGUGGGGACACACACACCUCAGGCUCUGUUGCUGUGGGGACACACACACCUCAUGCUCUGUUGCUGUGGGGACACACACACCUCAGGCUCUUGCUGUGGACACACGGUGAUGUGACGGGCACGGUAAGGACUGUAAGCUCCCAUAGAUGUGCCUGCUAUUCCCUGCUUACCUGUGAGUAUACGUUACCUCUGAAAUAUGGAAAGCCCUGUGGCCCUAUGGUGUUUUGGAUCUCCCUGAAAUUAAAUCAAUAGAAAGGUCCUUUGGGUAAAGGAUGUUUGGUAUACCUUUUUUUGAAGUCUGUAUCCAAAAUGAUUACUUCAGUAGCAGAGAGCCCACUCUGGAAAUGUCAUGUACUUGUAGAGUAUGUUUUAAACAGUAUGAACAAAAUCAAAAUGGUACUUAAAAAUAAGAAAUAAAUGCAGUAUUUGUAACUAUCCCAUAAAAUAAAUUGUAUUCAUAAUCUAAACUCCUGUUUCAGAUGACACUAAUACUGGCUUUGUUGCUUCUAUACAUUAAAACCAUUCAUGUCUUAAAACCUGUUGAACAUUUAAUGUUAACUGGAUGGCUGUGUAAAACGUAUCUACAUGAGAAAGCCAUGAACAUUACCUAGUAAUGCCUGAUACUAUUAGAAAGCUCAGAAGCUUCCGCCACAAAUUGACGGACAGUCUGAUCGGCAAAUGAGCGUUAAGGUGGGACUCCAGAGCCUCCAAUGGCUGUGGAUAUUUAACCCGAUACCCCAGAGUCAUUCGAGGCCAACUGAAUUGAAGCAGGGAAGCGGGGCUGUCAGACAGAACUAUCGCGGCGCGAUUUGGCCUAACAGAAGUUGAUUUAUAAGCAAAUUUUAACUAAUGUUUAAGAUUAGGCCUGGGUAAGGCCAAAAUGUCACAAGUUUCCCAACUUUAAUUAGUUACUUCUCAAUUAUUUUGGAUACAGAUUUCAAAGGUAUGCCAAACAUCCUUCCCCCAAAUGACCUUUCUAUGGAUUUCAUUUCAGGAAGAUCCAAAACAACAUAAAUAUGUUUGGAAUCGCCUUGGUGGUAGUUUUUAGAAGAUUCUGGUACAUCGACCUGAAGUGAACUGUAAUAGAAAGGAAUAGUGCAGAUCUUACUGAUUUUUAGUUUGUUCUAACUCUUAACCCUUAACCCUCCACCGCUUGCCCUAACGAAAUGCUCCUACACCCACCCUCACUGUCCCUGUCUCCUACACCCACCCUCACUGUCCCUGUCUCCUACACCCACCCUCACUGUCCCUGUCUCCUACACCCACCCUCACUGUCCCUGUCUCCUACACCCACCCUCACUGUCUCUGUCUCCUGUCCCUGUCUCCUAACCCUAACCCUCUCUGUCUCCUAACCCUCUCCUAACCCUAACCCUCUCUGUCUCCUAACCCUCUCUGUCUCUGUCUCCUAACCCUCUCUGUCUCUGUCUCCUAACCCUCUCUGUCUCCUAACCCUCUCUGUCUCCUAACCCUCUCUGUCUCCUAACCCUCUCUGUCUCCUAACCCUCUCUGUCUCCUAACCCUCUCUGUCUCCUAACCCUCUCUGUCUCCUAACCCUCUCUGUCUCCUAACCCUCUCUGUCUCUGUCUCCUACACCCUCUCUGUCUCCUACACCCUCUCUGUCUCCUACACCCUCUCUGUCUCCUAACCCUCUCUGUCUCUGUCUCCUAACCCUCUGUCUCCUAACCCUCUCUGUCUCUGUCUCCUAACCGUCUCUGUCUCCUAACCCUCUCUGUCUCCUAACCCUCUCUGUCUCCUAACCCUCUCUGUCUCCUAACCCUCUCUGUCUCUGUCUCCUAACCCUCUGUCUCCUAACCCUCUCUGUCUCCUAACCCUCUCUGUCUCUGUCCCUGUCUCCUACUCUGUCUCUGUCUCCAAGGUGCUGGGCACCCUGCUCAUCUACAUCAUCUUCAUGGUGGAGGAGGUCCGUAAGGAGCCCGUGGAGAACAUGGACGACGUCAUCUACUACGUGAACGGGACCUACCGGCUGCUGGAGUUCCUGGUGGCGCUGGUGGUGGUGGCCUACGGCGUGUCGGAGACGGUGUUCGGGGAGUGGACGGUGAUGGGCUCCACCAUCAUCUUCAUCCACUCCUACUACAACGUGUGGCUGCGCGCCCAGCUGGGCUGGCAGAGCUUCCUGCUGCGGCGAGACGCCGUCAACAAGAUCAAGAGCCUGCCCACCGCCUCUGACCUGCAGCUGGAGCAGUACAACGACAUCUGCGCCAUCUGCUACCAGGUUUGUGUGUGCGCGCACGUGCAUGGGGAAAAGUGUGCAUGCUUGCAGAGAAAAGUGAGUGAUUGAGGCCAACAUUAUUGGUCUGAUAAAUGUGUUUAAUAGCCCUCUUCUGGUUUAAAUGGGACAAUACAGCUAGAGGGGAUAUGAAAUAGGUUCUGCUUCAACAUAAAAAAAAUUAUAUUAUUAAUAGAGAAUGAAAGUUUAGUGUGAAUAAGGAUGUUAUUAUUAAUAGAGAAUGAAAGUUUAGUGUGAAUAAGGAUGUGGAACUUUGAUACUUCCACUCAUCAGAAAAGGGUCAAUGUUGAAUUUGGCGUUGUAGCAGACUUUUCUGUUCCAGUUGUUCAGUAGUUAACCAUUCAUUGUCUUUUCCCUUCCUGUAGGACAUGAAGUCUGCCGUCAUCACCCCCUGCAGCCACUUCUUCCAUGCUGGCUGUCUCAAGAAGUGGCUCUAUGUACAGGAGACCUGCCCCCUUUGUCACAAACCGCUGAAGAGCCAAUCACAGCCCGCCAAUGCCACUGCUGCACCCGCCCAGGACAUUCUGCCAGCCAAUCCCAACCCAGCAGAGGCUGGGCAAGGAGAGCCAGUGGCCGGUGCGGCUGAGGGGGACAAAACCGUUACUCAUAACGGUGUUCCUGUUGAAGGGAGCCAAGCCAGCCCCUCUUCCUCCCCUGCUAACCCUGACCUAGAGCUUGAGGGCCAGGCAGAGGAAAGGGCCCUGGGCCCCCAGCAGACUGACACAGUGGACAGUGCGUGUUUGGAGGGCCAGGUUGCUGGUCUGUCACAGGGCUCAGGGGAGUCAUGUCUCCGGCAUCGCCAGCGCCAGCAGUCUGCCUCCUCCCCUGCUGCAACAGCGUCCACAGUAUGUGCAGCUGAACUCCAGUCACAACUACAACAGUCUGCCAGCCCCUGCUGCCUCUGA